ACCCAGGUCUUGCUAUGUUGCCCAGGCUGGUCUUGAGCUCCUGGCCUCAAGCAAUCCUCUCACCUUGGCCCCCCACAGUGCAAGGAUUACAGGUAUGAGCCACCAUGCCUGGCCCCUACCCUGCCUAUUGAGAACCAAAAGAAGGAUCCAAAUUCUCCUUAGCUCAACUCGAGCCAUUUCCUGAUUGCUUCAUCAGCAAGGAGCUGGUUAUUGGGCUGUCCAGGCCUCCCAAGCAGCACAGAAAUGAGGUGAAGGAGUUUUCCUGCUGCUCCACUCUGUAAGGAGUUGGAGGGUGAUGUUUACUCGUUUGCAGAGAGAGAUGCCUUGUAGGCACCUCAGGAUGGAGAGGACCCUGAUUCCAAUGUCCUUUUUUUCUUUAGAAACAGGACCUUGCCCUGUCACUCAGGAUGGAGUUCAGUGGUCCAAUCAUGGCUCAUUGUAGCCUCAAACUCCCAGGCUCAAGCAAUCCUACCAUGUCAGCCUUCCCAGUAUCUGGGAUUACAGAUGUGGAUGGAAGAUGAGUCUCUCUUUUUUGAGAAUUGACUGACCAAGGCCCAGCUAUGUCACCUGGUUGACUAGAUACAGAAGUCAUCACUGUUCCUCGUUGUCAAGCAGAAGCCACUCUCUUGGGACCAUUCAUAAGCAGGAGACAUCAACACCGUGACACAUGCCAGUGCCACCGCCGCCACCACCUCCUCUGCCUCCCCCUCCCCCGCCUCUGGGGGUUCCUCCCCCUCCCCCACCAUCAGCACCCCCGGUAAGCACAGACACCUCCAGCUUACAAAGGGCAGAUCCGAAAGGCCGGAGUGCGCUGUUGGCUGAUAUCCAGCAAGGAACUCGCCUGCGCAAAGUCACACAGAUCAACGACCGCAGUGCCCCGCAGAUCGAGAAUUCUAAAGGAACCAACAAAGAAGGAGGAGGUUCUGCAAACACACGAGGCGCGAGCACACCUCCCACCCUGGGAGAUCUGUUUGCUGGUGGCUUUCCUGUAUUGCGACCAGCAGGCCAGCGGGAUGUAGCAGGUGGCAAGACAGGGCAGGGCCCUGGCUCCCGCGCGCCCUCUCCCAGGCUUCCCAACAAAACCAUCAGCGGCCCGCUUAUCCCGCCUGCCUCUCCCAGGCUAGGCAAUACCUCCGAGGCGCACGGCGCUGCCAGGACAGCCCCGCCUCGCCCCAACGUGCCGGCCCCGCCCCCUCCCACCCCACCCCCUCCGCCUCCACCCUUACACCCGCCCCUUCCCUCUUCCUCCCCCAUCAAAACUCCGCUUGUGUCCCCACCUGGCCCAAUGACCAAAGGGAACCUCCCGGUGGUUGCACCCCCCGUCCCCUGUGCGCCACCACCUCCACCUCCGCCACCUCCCCCAACGCCACCCCCGCUGCCCCCGGCCUCGGUUCUUAGUGACAAGGCAGUGAAGCCUCAGCUAGCUCCCUUGCACCUCCCGCCCAUCCCGCCCCCGCUCCCUCUGCUCCCACCUUGUGGGUAUCCCGGGCUCAAAGCGGAGCCCGCCAGCCCUGCGCAAGAUGUGCAGGAGCCUCCCGCCCCGCCGCCCCCGCCGCCCCCGCUCCCCCCGCUCCCCCCUUAUGCUUCGUGCGCCCCGAGGGCUUCUUUGCCCGCGCCCCCUUUGCCAGGAGCUAAUAACAGCAGUGAAACCCCACCCCCGCUACCCCCUAAAUCCCCCAGCUUCCAGGCCCCACCGCAGAAGGCCAGUGCGCAGGCCUUGCCCGCCCUGCCUGCCCCUCCGGGCUCCCAGCCGUUCCUGCAGAAGAAGAGGCACGGCCGACCAGGGGCCGGUGGGGGAAAGCUAAAUCCACCUCCAGCACCCCCUGCGAGAUCACCCACCACAGAGCUUUCAAGCAAGAGCCAGCAGGCCACAGCCUGGACCCCGACGCAGCAGCCUGGAGGUCAACUGCGAAAUGGAAGCCUGCACGUCAUUGAUGACUUUGAGUCUAAAUUCACGUUCCAUUCUGUGGAAGACUUUCCCCCUCCGGAUGAAUAUAAACCAUGCCAGAAGAUUUACCCCAGCAAGAUCCCCAGAAGCCGUACACCUGGUCCCUGGCUCCAAGCGGAGGCAGUUGGGCAGAGCUCUGAUGACAUCAAAGGCAGAAAUUCUCAGUUAUCUCUAAAGACUCUUCGGUGAGAAGACAGAUGAAGCCAAGGUCCUGGGGUUCCAGGUUGCAGAACAACAUGUCAGACCCCACCCACCCCAUGCUCAAGCUGUAAUUCAGUUGGCAUACAGGCUUGGAAUUGAGAAUUUAUUUAUUGUAAAUACGUGGUUUGCACGGGCUUUAAAGCAGUAUUUUAAUUGACUUUUAUUUCAGUAAUAUUUUUUAAAACACCCCUCAUUUUUCCAUUUUUUACAUUGCAUCUUGGCAUUUGUCUGUCAGCACAGAUAGAGCCCUGUCCCUCCACCUAAUGCCCAUUCUAUGACUGUGAAUAUGCUUGCAGGCUGGCCCUUCCUAGAUUCUGAACCGUUUGUAGAGAGUCUUUAAUUUGCCAGGUAGCCCCAAAGUUAUAAAUAUCCACAAAGGCUUCUUAUUGGCAUAAUUUCAUAUUCUUAUCACACUAACUGCAAAAUCAAACCAAAUAAUGCCUUAUCAAUGAUGCAGCUCAGAGGAAGUAGUGUGUCCCCCACACCCAGACAGUGCCACGCAGCCUCCAGGGAACGAGAUGCCAUGUCUCGCUUCCAUUUUGCAGUACAGGGAUUUUUUUUUUUUUUUGCUACCUGAUGUAAAUAUAUCACAAAGUAAAGGCAAGAGUGGGCUUGGCCCUCCGAUGCCAACCACAGGGCCCCUUUUGUAACUGAAUAAUCCUCCAAGUAGCCAGUGCUCCUACUGUUUACAGUGUCCCUAGUGCCCAAGUCUCUGUCACUUUCCUCCUGUUCCCUCCAAGUUCCCAGUCCCAUCCCAGUAGCCAGCUUUAUGAGAUUUUGGUAUUUCUUCCCUACAGAUUAAAAACAUAUACAACUCAUCAUUAUGCUAAACUACCAAUUGUAUCUCAGAGGUCUCCCCUUCUGCCCUUGCUUCGAGUGUGGACUUCCAUGGAAAAUAUGACAUGAAAAAGUGUAGAACGAAACAUCGUGUGAAAUACCUGCCACAAAUACCUGGUGCCUCACCGCCCCCAUCUUAGGAUCCUUGGAGCCACCCGUCAGGCAAAACUUAGCUCCCUUCUGAGCUAAAGGAGAACCUUGCCUGACAACUCCACAUUCAUUCCCUUGUGUUGGGCACCUGUCUGUGGGGAGAUGUGUGCAAGCUCAGCCACUCUGAAUAUGGAAAAGGUCGGGCCGGGCUGGUCCUGCUCUUCACUCCCUCUUCUUGAUCCUGUAGGGAGUGGAAGUGUGUUUUUGCUUGCUGCCUGACCCCUGAUGUUCCCCAUCUUUGGUCGGGGAAGACUGUGACAGAGAAAGGAGAAAAAAUAGAAGGAAACAGACUGAUCCUUGGGCUGUGCUCAAAAUAGCUGCCCUUUAAAGGAAAUCAGGCAGGGAGGGGAGGGAAACCAGCGAAAAAGAAAUUUGCUUUGCAACAACCCAUGCACACAUUCACCCCUGAAGUAUAUCGUGUCCAGACCAAGCCAUCCAGAAAGGUAGGCGGUCAGGAGGGUGUGGGCAAACAGGACUGCAUCUGCCUCACUGUUGUCUGGAGUACAGACACAGGUAGUGUCCUGCAGCAGUGCUGUGCUUUCUCAUUCCAGAUGGAAGCAAGUGAGCCAGGGUCAAAUUCCCUUCUCCAGGGAAAUGAAUCAAGCCCAAACUGUAACAGCUAAAUAAGUAGAAGUUUUUGCAGGUCAUCAGCUCUGGGCAUAACUAAUUUGUUUUAUUGGUUCUGGAAGAUUUCCAAAAAUCCAGAAUUUAUUAUUAUAACCGUGUCCACUCCACAACCCUCACAGUUGUGUAAAAUAAUUAUAAAAGUUUUAAUUAUCCUGAUUAAGAAGACCCUAGACAAAGGCAAUUCCACCUUCAGAGUAGACUGUCUGCCCUAAUGAGGUAUUUAGACAUUCGUGUCCCCUGUGGCUGGGAUGGAAAUUAAAAUAACACUAUUUAAGGACAGAGCAGGCCAGGAGCAGUGGCUCAUGCAUGUAAUCCCAGCAUGGGAGGCUGAGGUGGGUGGAUUACUUGAGGUUAGGAGUUCAAGAUCAGCCUGGCCAACAUGGUGAAACCCUGUCUACUCAAAUACAAAAAAUUAGCCAGGUGUGGUGGCUCACACCUGUAAUCCCAGCAACUUGGGAGGCUCAGGCACAAGAGUUGCUUGAACCCUGGAAGCGGAGGUUGCAGUGAGCUGAGAUGGCGCCACUGCACUCCAGCCUGGGCAACAGAGCGAGACCCAAAAAAAAAAAAAAAAAAAAAAAGGGGACAGAGGGGAGGAAGGAGCAGAAACCAAAAAUGGCAAUUAGGGAGAAAUCUCAGGAAUGUGGCAUCCCAUCUCCCCUUGAGACCUAUCACUGAAUUACUGAAUUCACAACCCUUCGAGCUCAUGCUGGUGCACUGAGUUCCUUGGGCACUGUAAAGGUUUAACCCCUUGACUGUAAACUCAUACUUAGAGACAUCUGAGUCACACAGUCCCCGCCAUUGUCACAUAUUCUCACUGACACUGCAGUCUGUGACUCUUCCAAUGUUUCACAUGUAUUUUAUUUUUAUUGAUGACUCCUUCUGCAGAUUCAUUUCUUUGUACUUAAUAAACUUUAGUAAGUGGAAA